AUGGAGAGCUUUGACAACAUUUACCUCGACCUCUCAAAGCAGUCCGGCAAGUGUAAGCUUGCAGAGACAGGCUUAGGAUGGCGGCCCGCUGGAGGCGGCGAUACUUUCACACUCGAUAGCAGCAACAUCGGAGCUGCUCAAUGGAGCAAAGCGGCAAAGGGAUUUGAGUUGAAGAUCUUGUCGCGCUCGUCCGGUGUUAUUCAACUCGACGGCUUUGACCAAGAAGACCUCGAGCGAUUGAGCAAGGCAUUCAAGAUUUGGUACGGUAUCAACGUGGAAACCAGAGAGCACGCCCUCCGAGGAUGGAACUGGGGCAAGGCGGAAUUCACCAAGGCCGAGCUAGCUUUCAAUGUCCAGAACCGACCUGCAUUCGAAGUCCCCUACUCCGAAAUCUCGAACACGAACCUUGCGGGUAAAAACGAAGUCGCCGUUGAACUUUCCCUUUCUACCGAUGGAAACGAUGAGAGCUCAAAACCAGCCGGGAGCACAAAGAACCGCGGUCGGAAGGCAGCGGCUGGUCGGGAUGAGCUGGUCGAGAUGCGUUUCUAUAUUCCUGGAACGGCGGUUAAGACAGAGAACGGUAUCAAGGAGGAGAACCCGGAGGAGAAGGAGAAUGGAGAAGAGGGUGGAGAGGAAGGUGGAGAGGAACAGAAUGCUGCGAAUUUGUUCUACGAGCUACUCAUGGAAAAGGCGGAGAUCGGAGAUGUGGCUGGAGAUACCUUUGCUACCUUCUUGGAUGUUCUUCAUCUCACACCCAGAGGUCGAUUCGAUAUCGAUAUGUACGAGGCUUCAUUCCGGUUGCGCGGAAAGACAUACGACUACAAGAUUCAAUAUUCCUCUAUCAAAAAGUUCUUCUUGCUUCCCAAGAACGACGACACCCACACCCUCAUUGUUCUCGGCCUCGAACCUCCGCUCCGUCAGGGUCAGACCCGUUAUCCUUUCCUAGUCAUGCAGUUGAAAUUGGACGAAGAGAUCAGCCUCGAGCUUAACAUGACAGAUGAACUUCUCGACACCCGCUACAAGGACAAGCUAGAGUCCCGCUACGAAGAGCCUAUCCAUCAAGUAAUCACCAAGAUUUUCCGUGGAUUAUCAGGCAAGAAGGUUAUUAUGCCAUCGAAAGACUUUGUCAGCCACCACGGCCACAGCGGAGUCAAAUGCUCUAUCAAGGCCAAUGAAGGUCUCUUAUACUUCCUCGAUAAGAGUUUGAUUUUCGUUCCCAAGCCCGCUACCUACAUUCAGAUUGAGAACGUCGCAGUCGUCACCAUGUCCCGUGUUGGCGGUGCUAUCUCGGCUAGUCGAACGUUCGAUAUCACUGUCAGCUUGAAGUCUGGCAUGGGAGAACACCAGUUCAGCAACAUUAACCGCGAGGAACAACAACCCCUCGAGGCAUUCUUCAAGGCGAAGAACAUCCGCAUCAAGAACGAGAUGUCGGACGACACAAAUGCCCUCAUCGCAGCAGCCCUAGAUAACGACGACAUGAUGUCAAGCGACGACGAAGCCGGUGCGCGCCCCGACCGCGGCUCCGCCGACGAAGACGAAGAGUCCGUGGAUGAGGACUUCCGCGCAGACUCGGACACAGAUGUUGCCGAGGAGUUCGACUCCGCGCACGAGAGUAGCGGUAGUGAUGCUGAGGUGGACGAUGCCUCGGAUGGCGGCGGUGGUGAUGACGAUGGCGAUGUAGAUAUGUCUGACGGUGAACGGCCGAAGAAGAAGUCCAAGGUUGGGAAAUAG